UCACCUAAAACAACAAGGCUGAAACCUGUGUUAAGCCCUUCUUCCCCGCAGCGCACUCUGUGUAACCCCAAAAUCAUGAGUUCUUCAUAUCCUCCAUUGAAGCCCUGUCAACUAGUUCAAACAAUCACCACUCUCCUCUCUUCCUCCGCCAGGUCUCUACCCAAAUCCUCUCUCCAAUCCUACCUCCCUCACCUCACUCCUCCCAUUAUUCACUCCAUUCUCUCCUCUCCCACUCUCUCUUCUCGCCCUUCCACUCUCUUCUCCUUCUUCCAAUGGUCUCAAUCCCACAUACCCUCUUUCUCCACCCACCCCCUCCCUUUCCCUUCUCUUCUCCCUCUCUUAUCCUCCCUCUUAUCCCAUCGCAGAUUCACCGUUGCAAGAUCCCUUCUCCUCACUUUUAUCCCUUCCGAUCAUCCUCAACAUCUUCUCCAUCGUCAUCUCCUUCACCCCAUUUCCAAUUUUCCUCAACCCUCAACCGAAUUGUUGGAUACUGCUAUAGGUGCUUAUUGCCAAUGCGGGAAACCCCAUCUCGCACUUCAGAUUUUCAAGAAGAUGAAGCGCCUUCGACUUUCCCCUAACAUCAUUACUUUCAAUACUUUGAUUACUGCUUUGGUUAAGUACCCUUCUACUCACUCUCUAUUUUUAUGUAAUGAGCUGUUUAAUGAUGCACUUAAGCUUGGUUUGUGCCCAACUACAAUUACUAUCAAUAUUUUGAUUAAAGGGUAUUGUUUAGCUUACAAGUAUAAGGAUGCUAAUCAAUUGCUGGAUAGAAUGAGUGAGUUUGGAUGUGUGCCCGAUAAUGUGAGUUAUAAUACUAUAUUGGAUGGGUUGUGUGAGAAAGGAAGGUUGAAUGAGGUUAGGGAUUUGUUGUUGGAUAUGAAGGGUAAAGGUCUUGUGCCGAAUAGGAAUACAUAUAAUAUUUUGGUACAUGGUUAUUGUAAAAUUGGGUGGUUGAAGGAUGCUGCUCAGAUUGUCGAACUGAUGACACAGAACAAUACUUUGCCUGAUGUUUGGACUUAUAAUAUGUUGAUUGGUGGUCUGUGUAACGAAGGAAGGAUUGAUGAUGCAAUUAGGAUUCGGGAUGAGAUGGUAGGAUUGAAAUUGUUGCCUGAUGUGAAAACUUACAACACCCUGAUCAAUGGGUGUCUUGAUAAUAAGAGAAGUUCAGAGGCCUUUGAUCUGCUUGAAGAGAUGAAUCAGAAGGGGAUCAAAUGUAAUGAAAUUACGUAUAAUACAUUGAUUAAAGGGUAUUGCAAGGAAGGGAAGAUGGAUAAAGCUAGAGAGGUACUUCAAAAGAUGGAAGAAGGUGGUUUAUGUCCAGAUUGUGUUUCCUAUAAUACUCUGAUAAGUGCAUAUUGUAAAGCAGGAAAUCUACCAGAAGUAUUGAGGAUAAUGAAACGAAUAGGUGAAAAAGGUUUGAAAAUGGAUAAUUUUUCUCUCAAUACAUUGCUUCACAUUCUUUGUCAAGAAAGGAAGCUUGAUGAGGCCUACGAGUUGCUCUCUGUUGCUCCUACCAGGGGCUAUCUUGUUGAUGCAGUAAGUUAUGGCACUCUUAUUACUGGCUACUUUAGAUGUGCAGAUACAGAAAAAGCUCUUAAGCUUUGGGAUGAGAUGGAAGAGAGAGAGGUAGUUCCCACUAUUGUCACCUACAACAUCAUAAUUGGAGGGCUAUGUAAAUCGGGUAAAACUCAGCAGGCAAUUGCUAAACUGAAUGAACUUUUGGAGAAGGGUAUAGUGCCUGAUGAAAUAACAUAUAAUACUAUUAUUCAUGGAUACUGCUGGGAGGGGAACAUUGAGAAAGCAUUUCAAUUUCACAACAAAAUGGUUGAGAAUUCUUUUAAGCCUGAUGUAUAUACGUGCAACAUUCUUCUUAGGGGACUUAGUAGGGAAGGCAUGCUUGAAAAAGCCAUUAAGCUCUUUAAUACGUGGAUUGAUAAAGGGAAGACCACUGAUGUAGUAACUUAUAACACCUUGAUAACAGCUCUUUGUAAAGAUCAAAGACUUGAUGAUGCUCUGGGCCUUGUAGCUGAAAUGGAAGAGAAAAAUAUCCAGCGUGAUAAGUACACACAUAAUGCUAUUGUUGGUGCACUUACUGAUGCUGGAAGGCUGAAAGAGGCAGAAGAAUUUAUGACAGACAGAGAAAGACCAUCUGAACAGCGGUUGCAAAUGGAUGACAGGGAACAUGAACUCAGAGUUGAUGAACUAGAUUCAAGUUCAAUCGCUUAUUCACAGCAGAUUGAUGAGCUUUGUGCGGAAGGAAGAUAUAAGGAUGCAAUGCUUAUCUAUGCACAAGUCACUCAGAGAGGUAUUGAUCUACAAAAGUCCACUUAUUUCACUCUGAUAAAAGGACUCAUCAAGAGGAGAAAAAGUAUAUCGAAGACAGGUUGAUAGUGACCCCAAAAGUUUGGCUCUGUCUGAGUAUGGUGACUUCAGUUUCUAUGCCCAGUAUGCAACACUGCAAGGAUCCAAGGUAAAAGAUCAGUAAGAAAGAUAGUAAAUCUAGAUGAUCACAUUGCAUUGGCGUGUGCUGGGCUGAAAGCAGAUGCAUGAGUGCUUGUGAAUAAGGCAUGCAUUGAGUGUCAGAGUCAUAGGCUUACGGUUGAAGAUCCUGUUACCGUUGAGUACAUAACUCGUUACAUUGCUGGUCUUCAGCAAAAGUACACUCAAAGUGGUGGGGUGAGGCCAUUUGGUCUAUCCACCUUGAUCAUUGGUUUUGACCCACACACAGGUAUCCCCUCACUUUACCAAACAGAUCCAUCGGGUACAUUCUCAGCCCGGAAAGCCAAUGCGACUGGUAGAAACUCUAACUCUACUCGGGAGUUCUUGGAGAAGAAUUAUAACGAAGCAUCUGGCCAGGAAACUGUGAAACUAGCCAUACAUGCUUUGCUUGAAGUUGUUGAAAGUGGUGGAAAAAACAUAGAAGUUGCUGUGAUGACAAAAGAGCAUGGGCUUAAUCAACUUGAGGAAACUGAAAUUGAUGCCAUUGUUGCUGAGAUCGAAACAGAGAAAGCUGCUGCUGAAGCAGCACAAAAAGGCUCCGCCGAAAGAAACCUAGUUCUGCUGAAAUUCAUUCUUAACUAUCCCUGAAUCCUUUCUUUUUUUGGAUCAAGUUAAGUGCAGUGUUCCUUGAAUUUUAAGAUUUUGGUCUGUCUAAUAUUGGUACCUAUGUUAAAAUUGUUUUAUGAGACUAAAGAAGUCAUGCUCCCGCGAUCUCUGCCCUAUUUGUAUGUUGCUUGAUAUUUUAAAGAUAAUACAUUCCUGUUUUAUCUUUUAAGAUUGAUUGUUGAAACCUAUUAUAUAUAGUAUCUUUGUGUGUGUGUAGGAGCAAAUAGAUGAUUUAUCUA